AUGGACUACACUGUAGGUGUGAUAACACCAGUCAGCAGUGCCAUGGACUACACUGUAGGUGUGAUAACACCAGUCAGCAGUGCCAUGGACUACACUGUAGGUGUGAUAACACCAGUCAGCAGUGCCAUGGACUACACUGUAGGUGUGAUAACACCAGUCACCAGUGCCAUGGACUACACUGUAGGUGUGAUAACACCAGUCAGCAGUGCCAUGGACUACACUGUAGGUGUGAUAACACCAGUCAGCAGUGCCAUGGACUACACUGUAGGUGUGAUAACACCAGUCACCAGUGCCAUGGACUACACUGUAGGUGUGAUAACACCAGUCAGCAGUGCCAUGGACUACACUGUAGGUGUGAUAACACCAGUCACCAGUGCCAUGGACUGUACUGUAGGUCUGAUAACACCAGUCAGCAGUGCCAUGGACUACACUGUAGGUGUGAUAACACCAGUCAGCAGUGCCAUGGACUACACUGUAGGUGUGAUAACACCAGUCACCAGUGCCAUGGACUACACUUGUGAUGCCAACUUUGACACAACACAAAAGGACAAAAAUAAGUGGAAGAUGAGAGUCUGA